GCUUUGGAGUUGUCGCAUCCGAUGCCUAAGUACUCGCGACAUCUUAACGUCGGCUCACAAGUCUCAUAGUCAUUGCAAUACCCACAGUUGUUCAGUGAAGUCUAGGUGUGGAAAUUGUGCGCAUUAUGUGUGGAUUUUAUAAACUUAUAUUCCUGCUGAUUUGCAUCGGUGCAAUAACGGGGAGCUGCGCGGAAGUCGCGCCAAGCCCUGAUGCUGCGGCCGAAGAGCAAAUUGUGCGACUGUCAAAUAUCGCCGCGAUCACUGAGGGCAAAUUGGAGCGAACUAAACGCGGUUUACUAGAUUAUCUGCUGUAUGGACUUUAUGAGUAUUUUGAUUAUAGCGAAGAAUCUGAUUCAGAAGAGGAAGAGAAAUACUUGAUUUGCCGAAAUUGUACGAUUAUUAUUAGUCAGUCAAAUGAUCAGGGGAGCCCAGCAAAACAAUCAACUAUGGCCCCCGUAACUGUGCCAACUGAUAAAAAAGGGCCAAACGGAGGAGAUACACCUGCUGUUAGUCCGUCAAAAGUUCCAACACUAACAGAGGAAACUGAAAGUGUGCCUACACCACUUGCAGAACCACUAGACACUUAAGUAAUAUUUCGAUAUUAUAAAUUGAACUACAAAUUGAUAAAUAAGCACAUUUUCAAAAAUAUUAUAAGCACCGUUAUAAUAUAAUUUAAUAUUACCUACAUA